AUGUCUAUGCGAGGUGACUCAAGACCCGCACAUCCCGGUGCUGUGCCAGCCUCUGCGGCAGACGAUUCGUCGUCUGCUGCUCGUUCUUCGCCUGUAGCAACAGGUGCUGCAGGUGCACGCGGUACAGCACCGCGUGCGCAUGAUGACCCCGACAUUGAGGUCAUCUACUCUGGCGAGUCAGACGUGUCCGACUCGGGCAAUACUGCAGAGGCGUCUCGAUCACCGGCGACGCCUCAGUGUUCGCCAAGGCCACUGCCGAACGAACGGACUCGUGAGUUGCAACACAGUAUGUUCGGCAGUGAUGAUGAAUCUGACGAUGAGUAUGUUUGCUCAUCACCGCAAUCAGCUCGUGCUCCUUCGCACGAGCGACCUGACGAUGGUGCAAGCCAUCGUCAUACGGACAAGCGUGGUACCGACAAGGGUACCACUGUGAAGCGUGAUGAGCUGAAGCCGUGGCGUUUUCCUGAACGGCUCAUGAAUGGCUUUUCUCACGAGACAAGACAACACCAUCGAAUACCCUUAUUCGAUGCGACUGAGCUUCACGGCUUGAAUCCCAGCGCGAGCAACUUUCGCGCUGAGGAAGAAUUUUAUCUCGAUGUCUUCCUUAGACAUCGAUGGCACAACGGCAACCAAAAGCGUGACAAAAACUCGCUUUUGGCUGCGUGGAACGCGUUCGUCCAAAACGUAAAGAAUUUUGGACGAGAAGGGUGGCUUAAGAAACUUGAGGCGGUACGCCUCAAGUUUGAGAAGUGA